AUGCUGCAGGGACGAGACUGUUUUGAGUAUCAUUCAAUCAUCGGUCAAACGAUACUCACCAUGUCGCCUCGACUGUCAAGGAAGCUGACGCAGCUUCCUACUCUCUUCCUGGGUCUUCCAUCGCUCACUAUCACUGGCAAUGUGUCUGUACGAUCUUUCGGCAUAAAAUCAUUAAAUCCACCUAAACCCUCUCGGUUCAAUAUCGGUCCUGAAUUACCUGUGCUUAAGUCGACUUCCACGGCUGCUUUGGAACGAAAGGCGAAUACUCUACCUCUUCGGACCGGUGCCAUCGCUAUCAAGAAAGGAAUGACCGCUGUAUACGAUGCCGAAACUGGGAAACGCAUCGCUUGCACUGUUCUGCAACUCGAUCGAGUACAAGUCGUCUCACACAAGACAAGACAGACGCAUGGGUAUAAUGCCGUUCAGGUCGGUGCCGGUUGGAAGCAUCCCAGCAAUGUGACAAAGUCACUCUUAGGCCAUUUUUCGACUAACGGUGUCUCGCCAAAGAGACACGUUUACGAGUUCCGUGUCAAAGAUGAGAGUGGCCUCUUACCUGUCGGCCAAACAAUCAAUGCAGACUGGUUUCAGGAAGGUCAGUAUGUCGAUGCCCGGUCUUACUCUAAGGGUAAGGGGUUUGCCGGUGUGAUGAAGCGACACGGCUUCCACGGACAGGACCGCAGUCACGGUGUCAGUUUAACACAUCGGUCACUUGGUUCAGCCGGGCCUAGUCAAGGUGGUGGUUCCAGAGUGUAUCCCGGAAAGAAAAUGGCGGGAAACAUGGGUAAUGAGCAAAAUACCGUGCAGAACUUGAAAGUUCUCAAGGUUGAUGCAGACAACGGUAUUGUCGUUGUCAACGGUUCCGUCAGCGGGCCUAAAGGAUGCGUAGUCAGGAUUCAGGACGCUAUCAAAAAGCCUUGGCCAGAGAUUGCACAUGUAUCCAAAACGGCUGCAUAG